AUGGCCGAGACCGAGGCCCGCCAGUGGACGAUCGUCCUGAUCCUGUCCGCACUCGUCCUUUCCUUCGUCGUUCUCUCCCAGAUCCUGACAACAUACGCCACCGCCUACCGUGCCGCUCCCAACGAAAUCACCUCCUUCAUCGAUGCUGUGGACUUCUCGGUCGAGGAGAAUGAGAGUUACGAUCGCGACGUUGCUAAAGUCCAGCGUCUCGAGGAUAAGCUCCGUUUGGGCCGCCUGCUGCGUGAGAUCCAGAAGGGCGGCGACGACUUGCGCGAGGACAUCAACUCAAUGCUCCUCUCCAAUGACACCGCCACCCUGCACAUGAGCGCGCGGCUUCUCUGGGCCAGCAGGCGCCGCGACCUCGAGGAACGCGUCCGCCGGCUAGAUCUUGUGAAAAUGCGCUUCCUCGUCGUGUACAUGGGUGUGGUUGCAGAGCGGGCGAGUACCACCGCGGAACGACAGGCGCCCGUGUUGACGCCACAAAGAGACACGGAGAAGACGCCCGUGUCUCCUUUCACGCCGCCCAUGAACGCGGUGAACGCCAAUUUGACGCGCGCGCUGACGGAGGAGAUCCGCGAGAGGCCACCGCUGAGGAGGUUAACCACCCAGGCCAUCGGUCAUCGCGAAAACACCGGAACAGGGCACAAGUUUGGGUGGGCGGGUGUGGUCCAGGAAUUACAAAAGAGUCCUCGGAUGCACAAACGACGCUCUUCCAUCGAAAGGUCCAUCGAGCAGGAGCUGGCGAAUGCCAAGCUGACAAUCUGA